AUGCAGAAUUCCAAGACCAGGUGGGCCUUUUUGGGGAUUUUUUUAUCAUAAAAAUAUUAGCUUCUUUCCUCUUCAACUGGAACGUUUCCUGGAAUUCUAUGCCCUCAAAGGAAGCUGACGAGGCCAAUGCGUUCUGUUUGCUUCCUUUUCCUGUAUUUUUCUGGUGCAUGUGAGUCCUCACGAUUUCCUCUGGCCAUUUUGCGCGCGAUAGACUGGUGCGUUCUCCGGGCUUGGACCUACUGUCAACUGUAGAGUCACACGAGUUGGAAUUUUGUUUUGGUUUACUCGUAAAGGUGAGGAUUUUCGGAUUCAUCCAAACUUUUUCGGAUGUGGGAAUCUUCUGCUCCUCUGUCUCCAGCCUUCGUCUUCCCGCUUUUGUCAGUUUGCUAUCGAAUUGGUGGAGCCAGAAAUGGUUGUCUUCUCUUCCUUCUCCUUUCUCGUCUAGAGAUAUCUGCUUUUAGGAGGUUGAUCAGGAUAUCGUAAUGCUUCUACUGCUGGAGAUCCUCCUCCGAGCAUAUUCUUUUCUGAUAAUUUCUAGCAAACCAUUCGCAUAAAGUGGAUAUUCAAAUCUGCCGGUUUGGGUUUCAGCAAUUAUCGCCAGCUUUUAAGGGGUUAAGCAUUUUUAUUCAGAAAAAUGGACAUUUAAAAAAAAAAAUAGUGACUUAUCUAGCCGUAUAAAUUCUUCAUAUCCAUCUACCUCCUGGUUUCCAUGAACGAUUGUAGGAACUCUGCGUAGCCAUUGAGAAAACCAUGGUUUGGGGAACUAGCUUUUGAUAUGUGAGCUGGCCUUUGGAUAUUUUUAGGGUUUUUGUAUUACUUGUGUGAAGAAAUAAUGCAUCAUCUGGUUAGACGGUGAACCAUUAAUUUUUUUUUCCCUGCAAAUUAUGAUUGAUGUGGACAUGCACGAGUGUUGGGCUCCCCAUUUAGGGAUUGAUGAAUGGAAUUCAGCUCGACCGUACCAGCUUAUACACGCUGACCACCUUGAACGAGGCCUCUGGUUUUCAUUUCCUUCGUUUUUCUGGAGCAGGAGCGGGUCCUCUGACAUGCCUCAGAAGACCUCCCCUAUCACCCCGCGGUCUACACGUCAGGCCAAGGUUGCGGGGUCUGAGUCUGGCUCAGCUGCCUCCAUGAACUCUCUGGUGAGGACUCCGACCGAAGGAAGUCCCAAACUUGUUGAGAGGAGAUCACCGAGAAGCCCUGCAUCUGAGGUUCGUGACGCUAGAAAUUUUGAGAUUUUCGACGGUUGAACUCCUCAUGGGUCUCAAGAAGAGUUGACUUUUGAGCUGAAUUUAUCGUUUCGAAUUCUCUGUACAUAUUUUUUCAACUUUUUAUCGUUCAAAUGUCUUUGCAUUUGAUAAAUUUAGCUCAAAAGUUGACCUUUCUUCGAACCCAUGAGGAUUCAGGUUUUCCCUUUGAAGUAAUCAUCGUAUUUUUCGUUUCUCUUCCUAAGGUUCUUGUGAUGGAGCUUGACGAUUUCCCUCCCCUCUAAUAGCUCCAGAAGAAGAGAACCAGUAGGGUUUCGGAUUUAGAGUCCCAGCUGGUCCAGGCCCAGCUGGACCUGAAGAAGACCAAGGACCUGCUCAGCUCGGCGGAGUCAUGCAAGAGGCGCGCCCUCCAGGAAGCAGAGGAGGCCAAGAAGCAGUGCCUGGCCAUGGCUUCCAAGCUCGACGAGACCAAGCGGGAGAUGCUGGAGCUCUCUGUCUCUGAGGACGAGAGGAUCCAAGAACUCCGGAAGCUGUCUCAGGAGCGGGACCGAGCGUGGCAGUCCGAGCUUGAGGCCGUCCAGAGGCAGAGCUCGGUCGACUCGGCCGCACUCGCCUCCGCCAUGAACGAGAUCCAGAAGCUGAAGUUGCAGAUGGAGAUGGUGGUGAGUAACGAGUCGGCCCAGGUGAAGCAGGCCGAGUUGGCCCACUCGGAGCUGCACUCGUUGAAGGAGGACAUGGUGGAGACCGUCUCCCUCAUGGAGACGCUCAGGGCCGAGCAGGAAGACUGGGAGAGGAUGGAAGCGAAGUACAGAGGGACCAUAGAGACGCUCAGCGCCGAGUUGGAAGCGUUGCGGCGGUCUCGGGCCGACUCGGUGGUGGAGACGAGUUGCUUGGCUUCGGAGGUGGAGCGGUUGAAGUCUGCGCUGGAAGCGGCGGAGAUGAUGUUCUUGGAGGGGCAGGUCCAGAGCACGGCGGAGCUCUGGUCUUCCCGCGAGUUGGCGGAGCGAGUCAGGGCCGAUUCGGAGGAGAAGGAGACGGAGUUGACGGCGGCUUUAAGGGAGAAGGAGGCCGAGUUGAGAAGGGUCUCUGAGUUGAACGGGUCGGGAUCGGAGAUCGAAGCUCAGCUUCAGCGGAUUUCCAGAGAGAACGAUCUGCUGAGGGCGGAGAUGAGGAAGGAGGAGGAAGGAGGGAGAAGGGUUGCCCAGCCCGCGCAUCGGGAGAUGGAGGAUGAGCUGAGGAGGCUGAGGAUUCAAUCGGAGCAGUGGAGGAAGGCAGCGGAAGCGGCGGCGGCGAUUCUUUCCGCCGGCAGCCACGGGAAAAUGAUGGAACGCACCGGGUCCAUCGACUCGGGCUACCCCCAACUCGGCUCGAAGCUAAUGAGCUCGCCCUACGACGACGACGACGUGGACGAGGGAUCCCCCAAGAGGAAGAACACCACCGUCAUGAGGAAGCUCGGGGGUUUCUGGAAGAAGUCCCAGAAGUAG